AUGCAGCGCCUUCACAGGACCAACGACAUGCUGAACUGGGACCAAAGGGAAUUCUUGCGCGUACAUUUUCCCACCGUCAACAUCAACCACUGGAAAGUCCGCCUGGUCUCCGAGUCAGCCGGAAUGAGGGAUUCAGUUGUCACCACCUACGCUACGGUGCCAGGAAAGUACGUAUGCUUCUCCAUCCACACCGAAGACCUCGUGGAGAGAGUGAAGGCCCGCGAUAUACUGAAGGUCAACUACGUGGCCGAUCAAUGGGACCUCAGAACGCUGGCUCUCGUCAUAUACUACAAAAUCCAGAAUCAAGACGUGCGUAAUGCCAUGGUCAACGCCUACAACGCUAGGACUAAGGAAAAGGGCUGGGGCCGGUGGCUAGAAAUUACUCCUAGCGAUACCGAGUGGGGGGAAGCCAGUAGGAAUAACCCCUUCGUAUUGGGUUUGCAGAAGUUGAUUGCAGAGAAUCCCGGCCUCAUGCGUGGUGCCUCGGUUGGCAGCAUCCAGUUCAUCAUUCUCCAUAAUAUGGUUGAUCCAAGGGCGGUCCUGCUGCAUCUCAAAAUCAGGAUAACUCGCUGA